AUGGUCCGCCCCUCAACACCACCGCCGAACCCGGCAUCCGCACCGCGGCCCGCUGCGACACCACCAACCCCAGCGGCAACCCGUCGCAUGGAGGAAUCUCGACUUCGAGCCAAAGCCAUCCGCGACCGCCGCGAUGCCGAGCUGGCUGCCUCUGGUGCCCCUUCCGCCCCCAAGACGGCCUCGGGCUUCGUAUCGACCCAAGAUGUCCACAUUACAAAGGCCGGCGCCUCCCAACCGUCCGAUCUCUCCCGCAAACGCCCGCACUCGUCCAUCUCGACCGCUGCCGACCCGCGCCAGCCGCAUCCGGCGACGAACCGCGAUGCCCGCGACACCCAAGCUGCGCCCCGGCCGGCGCGCAACUUUGCCAAAUUUGUCGACUUCAACAUGUCCGCCAUGACGGACACGAAAGGCGGCUUUCUUACGGCUGAGGACGACCCACACAACACCGCGCUCGUACCAAAGACGAAACCAGGCGGCGGCGGCCCGCCACAGGAGGAGAAGCCCAAGGGCAUGUCUUCGCAGGAGUGGGAACGCCUUCAGUUGCUCCGCAAGCUCCGCCGCCAAAAGGCUGGCCCCUUCGAGCCGGGCCUCAGUGUGCUCGCCGAUGACACCGCCCGCAAGCUGUGCGCCGACUGCGGCUCCCUCGAGAUUGACUUCGUCUGGGACGAGGUGUUUGGCGUACGGGUCUGUCACGCGUGCAAGGACGCCCACCCAGACAAGUACUCGCUACUGACCAAGACCGAAUGUAAGGAGGACUACCUUCUCACGGAUGAGGAGCUCAAGGACCCGGAGCUGCUGCCGCAUUUGUCGCGCCCUAACCCGCACAAGUCGCACUGGCACGACAUGAUGCUCUUCCUGCGCCUCCAAGUCGAGGAGUACGCCUUCACGACCAAGUGGGGGUCCGCCGAGAAGCUCGAUGCCGAGUUCGCUCGCCGUGAGGCCGACAAGAAGCGCCGCAAGGAGGCCAAGUUCCGCGAGAAGCUCAACGACCUCAAGCGCAAGACGCGCACUGAGGCCAUCCGCAGGCAGCAGGCCACCGUCGCCGCCGGCGCCGGCCCGAAAGGGUUUGGCGACUCGGUCGGCGGCGGGCGCCACGUCCACGACUGGGGCCGCGCCGUCGAGAACGAGGACGGCAUGACGGUGAAGACCUGCAACGGCUGCGGCAUGGAGGUCGAGGAGUUGGAGUUUUAG